AACUCGUGACUGCUAAAAGAGAAGAAGCGCAUCUUCCACGAAGGAGACGAGUGUUUCAACUGUCCAAUGAAGAGGGUGUGUCGUGUCCCAACGAAGGCCGCAAGAAGCUACGUAAGACAAAACACACUCCAAACUGUUUACCUUAACUAUUCUUUUCUUCCUCAUCUUCUUUAUGCUUAUAUAAUUAUUCCACCUUGUCACGAUUCUUCUCUUCUAAGCCACUACCAACCUUUAGUUUAUCUUCAUUUCUCUCACUUCUGUUAUAUUUUCUUUCAACCAUGGAACUUGGUGACGGUUUUGACUUUGAAGACUCUUUCCCUUCCAUGAUUGCAAGACUAGGUGUAGAAGGGUUCAUUGGGGAGCUCUGCGACGGGUUUCGUUUGCUCAUGGACGUGAACAUGGGGCUCAUCACGUUCGAGAGCUUGAAGGUGAGCACCUACUUGCUCGGUUUGGAGGUGAGGGAUGAUGAGCUGUUGUGCAUGCUCAUGGAGGGAGAUUUGGAUGGAGAUGGAGCUCUUAACCAAAUGGAAUUUUGCAUUCUCAUGUUUAGGUUGAGUCCUUGCUUGAUGGAUAUGCAACGUAAUGAGUUUCCACUGCAUGCAAGAGUAAUUGACCUUCUAUAAACCCUCUUCUGUUUCUCUUAGAUUUAACAAUAUCAUCCUCGUAAGAGAUGAGAAGUCAUUCUUUCGUUCAGAAUCUCUACUUGUCUAUAGUCUCGGUCAAUUUUCAUGUCAUACUAGUUAAUAUUAAGAAAGCUAAGAUUGACCAAGAUUAUAAACAUGUAUGUAUUGUUAUAUAAGAUCAUAGAAUAAUUUCUAAAAUGAGAGAGAACAAUAUACCGCUGUAGCUGCUAUAAGUAAUUAAUGAA